UUUUUGGUGGGGUUGGCAGGGCUGUUAGCGCCGACCAAUCACAAGCCCCCAAUCCGUAGCGUCUUUUCCCUCGCAUCCAUUUUCCUCCUGUUUGUUCGAUUAUCCCAACGGUAGAAGAUGGGCGAUCGAUCGUACGCCGACUAUUCCCAACCGCCCCCCAGUACUGCGUAUCCCAAUACGUACGGGGCACCGCCGACCGGCGGUUUCAACCCCCCGGGCGGGGGAGGUGGAGGUGCCGGCGGCGGCGGCGGAUCUUGGAAUCAAGGACGCUCGUCUGGCGGCGGCUAUGGCGGCGGUCAAGGUGGCGGCGGCGGUUAUAACCAAGGAGGUGGUUACAACUCUGGCGGAGGCGGUGGCUACGGCAAUAGUGGCGGUUAUGGCGGCGGCGGUGGUGGCGGCUAUGGAGGAGGCCGAGACCGUGGCGAUUUUGACAAAAGGCCUCUAGAUCGACGUGAUUCUUAUGGAGGCGGCAACAGGGGUGGUUAUAACAAAGAUAAUGGCGGCGGCAGUAACUUGGUGGUUCAAGUCGACACGAUUUUUGUGUCUGGAAUGAAUCCAAAUCUCACCGAAGACGAAAUUGCUCAACAUUUUGGUUCGAUUGGCGUGAUUAAAAUGGACAAGAAAACCCAGAAACGGAAGAUUUGGUUGUAUAAAGAUAAACAGACCGGACUUUCAAAGGGUGAAGCCACUGUUACGUAUGACGAUUCCAAUGCAGCUCAAUCAGCAAUUUCUUGGUUCGACGGGAAAGAAUUCGGUGGUACUCAAAUAAGGGUACAGUUGGCCACGAAAAAGGAUAAUUGGAGUGGCGGUGGCGGCCGCGGAGGUGGAAGAGGUGGCGGCCGCGGGGGCGGUUUUGGAGGAGGCCCAAGAGGCCGAGAUGGAGGUUUCGGCGGUGGUGGUGGAGGCGGUAGCGGCGGCGGCGGUGGUGGCGGUGGCCGAGACCGCGAAAGCCGCGAAGGAGACUGGAAAUGUCCAAACCCAGACUGUGGCAACACAAAUUUUGCUUGGAGGAAUCAGUGCAAUAGAUGCAGUGAAGAUAAGCCGGAAGGUGCCGGUUCCGGGGGUGAAGAUCGCAGAGGAGGCGGCGGCGGAGGCGGUAGAGACCGUGACCGUGGAAGAGAUAGAAGAGGUGGUGGCGGCGGUUUCCGCGGUGGUGAUCGAGGAGGUCGCGGAUUUGGCGGUGGAAGAGGAGGCCGAGGCGGUUUCGGCGGCGGUCGAGGAGGAGGCGGAAGGGAUCGUGGCGGCGGUCGCGAUGGAGGACGUUCCAGGCCGUAUUAGAAGAUUUUUUCCAAAUAGAUUCAUGAGUGUUUUAUUUCCAUUACAGUAUCAUAUUCAUUUCAGUUUUUAUAAGGUGAUCUAUAAGAUUUAAAGCUUUGUGUUUUCUAGUAAUUACACAACACGAGAAGUUGAGUGGUCACGAGUAUGGCAUGUUUAGUGAAUAAUUAUUUUAUGUAUAAUACAUUUUUAAGUACAAAUUA